AGGAUAACGAGCAGGGGUUAUCACGAUGUGAGAUGAUGGGGCGCAGCCCGGGUUAGCCCUUGUCAGGUUUUUAGGACUCUCAGCCCUUCGUCACAAUUGAUUGGCUCAGGUGAUUCAGCAGAGCCACAAAAUCUGGAGCCUUCCCUGCUUGGCCGUCUCGGGUCUAACUUCCUACGGCUAGAAACUCAAUCGAGUCUGGACUUUCCUAGACAGGGGAAUCAGGGGCCCUCCAACGCAGUACAUGGGACCCGUACCUACCCAAAGGAGAAGGCUCGGCCUUUACGAGUGGAAGGACCGCAAGUAAGAUCGAGUAAGGAUAGUCAUUGGAAAGCGCCGGUUACUUGGUGGUUGUGUUCGUAAAUAAAAUCACAGAUGUUCCCUCUUCCCUGCAAACUUCCCCUUUCUUUUCAUUACUCCCACACCUUCGUUUUCCACAAAAACACGCAUUCCACCUUCGACUGCUGUUGGUCUUACGUAUACAGCCGUGGUCAGGCCCUCUUUCGUUUAUUGCCAACAAGCUCUGUCUCUCGUUAAAACAGGCUCAUUAAAUAAAUACUCACCUUUAAUAAUCCACCUCCCGCCACCUCCCGCCCACUCUACCCUAACUCCUCUACCUUGUUCAUACAUAAAGACAAUUAUACACAAGAUCUGAAAAGCAUCGACAACAAUGUUCUCAAAGCUCUUGUCCGCCACCACGGUGGUCUUGGCAACCACCCAGCUGGUCGCUGCUCAGACUUCCACUGCCUGCGAUCCCACCAAGAAGACCUGUCCCGACGACCCUGCUCUGGGUACCACCGUCACUGUUGACUUCACCAAGGGUAAGAGCGAUUUGUUCACGGCCGCUGAUGGAACCACCGUCACGUACGAUGGUAACGGUGCCGUCUUCACCAUCAACAAGGCGGCCGAUGCCCCUACUAUCACUAGCAACAAGUACAUUUUCUUCGGCAAGGUCGAGCUAGUUGUCGAAGCCGCACCUGGUGCUGGUAUCGUUACCAGUUUCGUCUUGCAAUCCGACGACCUUGACGAGAUCGACUGGGAGUGGAUUGGUAGCGACACGACCCAAGUGCAGAGCGACUACUUCGGAAAGGGAGACACCUCCACCUACGACCGUGGUGGAUACCACUCGGUUUCCAACCCCCAGAGCAACUACUACACGUACACCCUCGACUGGACGAAGGACUAUGUUCGCUGGUACAUCAAUGGCCAGCAAGUUCGUGAGCUGUUGUACGCCGAUGCUAAGGGUGGCACUCGAUUCCCUCAGACUCCCAUGCAGAUCAAGCUCGGAACUUGGUGCGGUGGUGGCCCCGACUCUCCCGAAGGUACCGCUGAAUGGGCUGGUGGCCGAACCGACUUCAGCCAGGCUCCUUUCAUCGCUCACUACAAGACCCUUACCAUCACUGACUACAGCAACGGCGUUAAGAACGCUGAGAAGUACCACUGGCCUUCAGGUUCCGACGGUUCUUACUCCAGCAUUGACGUCAUUACUGGAGAUGGCAGCAGCUCCAGCGCCAGCUCGUCUGCUUCCGCUACUAGCAGCGCUAAGUCCUCUGCUACUAGCGGAUCUUCGUCUGCCACCAAGACCUCGGAGACCAAGAGCACUCUGUCGACUUCUACCGUCUCUGCUACUUCAAGCGCCUCGGCCACCUCGGGAAGCGAGUCGUCUGCUUCGUCGACUGCUACUGCCAGCGGCAACAACGACUCUGCCUCUGCUAGCUCCAGUGGCAGCGCUGCGGCUGCUAACACCAGCGCACCCGCCACCACGACAAGCGGAGCUUUGAAGACUGGCUUCAGCGUUUCCGCACUGGCUGCCGGCCUCAUGGUCGCUUUCAUGCUGUAAAUGUAUCAUGUUGGACUUUGUAACUGGCGUCCUUUUACGGCAUUGGCGAAUCGGCGAUCUGUGGUUCCCACUUCAAUGAACCGGCUAUAUUCAGUUCUUCUUUACGAUCCCUUGCACAUAAACCGAAUUUGGCCCCUUUUUGAGAGUC